AUGACCAGGCCCCCCAUCCCCCAAGAACUAACCGCCCUCAAACGCGAUCUCCAACUAUCCCACAUCACCGCCGACGCCCUCCUCACCGCCGUACAGGACCUGGAAGAGAAACAGAGUAAACUCGAGACGGAGCUUCGGGAAGUGAAAGAUGAGAGGGAUGUGUUGAGGGAGGAGAAUAAAGAGCUGAAGGGGAGGUUUGCGGUUUUGAAGGGUAGGAUGAAGGGGAUUGCUAAGGAGAUGAAUGGGCUGUUAAGGGAGCCCGUUCCGCCAGUCGUGAAUUCACUAGACGAAGAAACAGAGGAUUGUAUGGAAGGCAAGCCAGCCGCUUCACAGACAGCAAAGUCUACACCUUCCAAGAAACGAGUGGUCGGAGUCGUUAUAGAAUCGAGACCGAAAGCAUCACCAGCCUUCUCCUCUUCAUCCGACGUGCACCUAAAGCAUGGAAUAGCAACAUCAACAGCAACAGACCCUUCACAACCUUUGCCGAGAGCGGGCAAGCUGGAAGGUAUCGAGAGGAGACGGACGUCGGGAAAGCGAUUCUUGGAGCAAAUCGAACAAGACUCGGAAUUGGAUGCGAGGGAACGAUCAGGAGGCAAGAAGAGCAAAGGUGAUUGA